UACAAAUAUUGUAACAUACAAAUUGUACGCGUUUCUGAGGAAAUAGCAAAUUUGACCCUUUUUAAAAUAAACCGAGUGCAAAUCUUGGAAUUAAGAGAACUCAAAAAAAAAAUUGAAAUGUUUAAAAGUAAAAUGAUACUGAAAAUUUCUGAUAAUUACAAUCUUAUUUUAAAAUACAUAAUGGUCAUCUAUAAAGGAUUUAAAGAACAUAUCAAUAACCUCAUGGUAUAUUGGACACAUUAUGUAGAGAAAAUAGACAGCCUUCUAUGCAAAGCAUUGAUUCUUAACUGCCAAUGUUCGUUAGAAAAUAUUUUAGAACUAAGUGUCGGCGAUGGUUCAGGUCCAACGCCGGUAAUACUUAUUCACGUGAGCUUAAAAGCCAAUAAGAUUAAAUAUGAAGCUAGUCUAUUAGAAAUUCUGUCGUUCUCAGCGAACUUUUUAACAGAUUUAUUAAUGGCCGUUAAAUUACUGCCAAGAUUAAAUCAUAUAUUCCAACUAUCAAGAAAUAAUUGGAUUCCGUAUGAAGAUGAAAUUUCUAAAGAUUGGCUUUGUAUUAAACUACAGGAAAAUUAUAACAUAGCUACUAUAAAUGCUUUAAGACGAUUAAGACGUUAUAUGCACGAGUAUUUAGUAUUAAAAGACAUUUGGGCAAUGGAUAAGAAAUUGUUUUUUGAAAAAUAUAGAACCUUCAAUUCUUCAGCAACACAUUUUAAUCAGGAUAUGACUCAAUAUUCAAUUUAUAAACGUAAAAUAUCUCGCAUUAAACCAGUUGCCCAAGUCUCUCAUUUUCUAGUACAAACAAACAUGUUGAAAGAUGACAUUAUUAGACACUGUGAUCAGUGGAGGGAUAACUUUUCGAAUCUUCUUCUUGAAAUGACGACAAAUCUCAUAGAAGGAUUUUAUCAAUAUACAAGAAUUAACAGCCUUCAAGUGAUGACACCGCCUAAAAAUUUAACUGAAAUGAUUUCAUUCAUUGAAGUACGAAAUAGAAUAGUUUUAGAGUACAAUAAUAAAGCUAAGGAAUUUACACUAAUUUCUGAUAAUGUUCAAGUAUUAGAAAUGAAUGAUAUACAAAUGACAGAAGUAAUAAAAGUUAAAUAUGAAAAAUUGUUUCAAGUUUGGAGUGUGUAUAAGAAUACUCUCGAAGACGCCGAAAUAAUGUUAAAAAUAAAACAAAAUGAAUUUAUGAAACUACUAAAAGAAACACAAACUAAUUUAAAAUUAAAAUCUAAAGAACUACUACAAACAUUUUUAGAAACCAUGCCAAUUUCCACAGAAUGGAAAUCAAACGAUGCUUUGAUAUAUACUGAACAAAUGCAAAAUAAAUUAGACAUAUUAAAAACGGAAGAAAAACAAUUGAACGAUGAUCUUGCUGUAUUUGAUAUAAAAUAUAUUCAUUCACUUGAAAUUGGCAAACUUCAAGAAGAAAUAUUAGUUUUACACUCAGUUUGGAAACUAGUCAAUACAUGGGAUGAUAUUUGGAAAGACUAUAAACAAAAACAAUUUUGGCUUAUAGAAGUUUCUGAUUUAAAAGUUACUGUAGAUGCAUUUUUUGAUCAAUUUAAUAUUUUGGUUAAUGGAUUAAAAAAUAAAAAAUGGGAGGUAAUAGAAACAACUCGUAAUAAUAUUGACGAAUUUCGUAAUUUAUUACCGGUGGUCGAUGAUUUAAAAAAUCCAGCAAUGAAAGACAGACAUUGGGACGAAGUACGAAACGUCAUAAAUGACAAAUUAAUCGAGGAAAAAUCUGAUUUUACGCUAGAAAAAUUAAUGGAAGUUAAAAUUCGGAACUACAGUGAAAAAAUUAAUGAUGUGUCGAGAAAAUCAACUAUAGAAUUAGGUUUAGACAAUGCUAUACGAAAUAUAAAAGAAAUAUGGUCCAGUGAAAAUCUACACUUAGAACCCUACAAAGAUAAAGGCAUUUAUUACGUGAAAGUGAAUGAUGACAUUUUUCAAUCAUUAGAAGAUCAUCUUGUGCAGCUUUCUGCGAUCAAGGCAUCAAAAUAUAUUUCCGUUUUUCUAAACGAGGCAGACUUUUUAGAAAAAUCUAUAGGUCUCAUCAUGGAAGUUUUGGAAAUUACUCUUUCAGUUCAACGACAGCAUAUUUAUUUAGAAAAUAUAUUUAUGGGAGAUGAUAUACGACAUAAAAUGCCAAUUGAAAGCAUUGACUAUGAUAUUUUAACAGAAGAGUGGAAAGAAAUAACGAUUCAAAUGUACAAGGAAAAUAAUUUAUUCAGAGCAUGUUGUUCUAAAUCUUUAUUUAAACAUUUGAAUACAAUGAAUUACCGCUUAGAAGUCAUACAGAGAGCUUUAGAAGUGUAUAUGGAAUCAAAACGUCAUGUGUUCCCGAGAUUUUAUUUUAUAUCAAAUUGCGAAUUAUUAGAGAUACUAGGAAACUCUAAAAAUCCCGAAUCUAUACAAAGGCAUUUAAAAAAACUUUUUACCAAUGUCUAUGGCAUAAAAAUCAUCACAAAUAAUAACCAAAAAAAAGAGGCGCAAGGUAUGUUUUCUAAAGAUAGGGAGUAUGUAGACUGGAACCAUCCGGUUAUAUGUGAGGGACCAGCAGAAAUUUGGCUAAAUUCGAUAGAAGAUGCAAUGCGCGAUUGCCUGAAACAAACAUUGAAGCAAGUAAAAUUAUCAUUAUCAAACAAUUUAAAAACUCGUGAGAAGUGGAUAUUAGAGUGGCCAGGACAAUUAUGCAUAGCUGCAUCUCAAAUUCAGUGGACCGCCGAUUGUACCCGAUCAUUAGUACAGUCCAAACAUUUAAAACACAAGUAUCCUUUAAAAAAAAUGUAUAAAAAGCAAAAAAAAAUUUUGACAAAGCUCUCAAAAGUGAUCAGAAGCGAUUUAUCGAGUACUGAAAGAUUAAAAGUUGUGGCUUUGAUCGUAAUAGAGAUACAUGGUAGAGAUGUACUCGAAUAUAUGUACAAAUCAAAUUGCAUGGACGUGUCUGCGUUUGAAUGGAUGUCUCAAUUACGAUUUUACUGUGAUAAAAAAUCAAACGAUAUUGUUAUAAGACAAACUAACACCAAACAACAAUAUGGAUACGAGUACUUAGGCAACUCCGGAAGAUUAGUUAUCACUCCUUUAACUGAUAGAUGUUACAUGACAUUGACUACAGCUGUGCAUAUGCAUCUCGGUGGAAACCUUAAAGGUUCAACGUCUGCGGGUAAAACUGAAACAGUAAAAGAUUUAGGGAAACAUUUGGCCCAAUUUGUUAUAGUCGUGAAUUGUUCAGAAAGUCUAGACUACAAGAGUAUGUGUCGUAUUUUCUUAGGACUUGUUCAACAAGGUGCUUGGGGUUGUUUUGAUGAAAUUCAACGAAUAAAAAUUGAAGUUUUAUCUUCUAUAACACAACAAAUAUCAUCUAUAUUUUCGGCUUUGGCGGCGGAUCUAAAAACGAUGGUUAUAGAAAACAGGGAUGUUACAUUAGUACCAUCUUGUGGAAUAUUUAUCACAACGUGUCCUGCUUAUGAAUAUAAUUCGUACUUGCCAGACAACUUUAAAUCAAUGUUUCGCACUGUGUCUAUGAUAGUCCCAGACAGUAAGCUAAUCGCCGAGACAAUUCUUUUUAGCGAAGGGUUCAAAGACGCUAAGAUACUAGGUAACAAGAUAUUUGUUCUAUAUUCACUCUGAAAACAGAUGCUAAACAAACA